AUGAAGGACAGUGCUAGCAGUGGUCACACGAGUACGCAUGCUGGUGAAAGUACUCCCGGACUCUGUUUGUCUGCACGCGCCCGACGAGACUUCCAGCAACUCAGGAAUGAGGCGCUGUUGGAGGAGGGAAGUUGCUCUGGAGUUAUGGCGAUUUUUUUUGAGAACAGCAACAAUUAGACGUAGUAGAAGGAUAGAAUGACAAUUCGAUUCGCGUAGCAAAGGAGCUACGUGUAUGAAAAAGGUAAGUGUAGUAGUUUUAGUGUACCUGUGCUGUCAUUGAAAGCUUCAAAAUUUAUAUUGCGCUAGUAAAACAAAGAUGAUCACCAUGUCUGUCUCUUUUUUAGGCGGACCAGAACCUAAGAUGAUGCCUUCUAAAUUUUCUUCGGAGAAAGGCAUGCCCGCAGCGGGAUCAGCGGAAGCUUACUACCUCGAAUGUCGCUCAGGGCAGAUCAAAGAAGGAGGUACUGAGAUGUCUCCUUUUUCGGCGUUUUCAUAGUCGUGAGCGCUCACCUCUCCGAGGCGAGCCAAUUCCUAUCCUAUCCGACUGGACCACUAGCAGACAGUGCAACUCUUGGCGGGACAACUCGAUCGAGUCCUGAAUUAUUGUUGUGCAAGAACUGAGAAAGCUUUUUAUAAAUAUACAACUAGGGUAAUAUAUAUAAUUCAAUAUCAAUGCGCUCUCCACAAAUGCAUUCGCGUUUUCGCCUAAUCCUCAGAUGACGCAUGGCCUCCGGAAUGGGCUGCUGAGGAAGGAUGGGCAACCUCCCUAUCAGCUGAAACUGCAGAAUUUGUGCCUGCCGAGACAGCAGAAUUUGUGCCGUAUAGUCUAUACUCGAAGAACAAGAGCAAACUAUGCAAAUGCAACAACUAUCUUCCAGAGAUCCUCCUAAUAAUAUACUUUAGACUUCCGUUUAUGAACAACUAGAGCUAUCUUCUAAAGUCAAAAAAAAAUGCUAAACAACUAGAGCUAUCUUCGCUCGCAUUAUUGUUGACCACUGUACCCUUCUUUUCAGGUGGCAAACGGGGGCAAUAUCACAUCUCGAGGAAAUGACGGGAGCACCAGAACUAGUAGAGCGCGAUGCAAAGCAGCAGGAAGCUUAUACACGUACUAUAAUUAUUAUGAAAAAAUAGAUAUGCAUACUUCGUAAACGUCGCCGUGCUUCUGAUUCCGUCCGCGCGGGCCGUCGGUCCGUCUGGAGAUGUGAGGCUAGAGGCUUAUCUCUCUCGUAAUAAUGAUUAUCAUUAAUAAGUAGAUAGGACUAAUUGAUUACUAUAAUGUUUGGUCACUUAGGGUUGCAAAACAUGCUCAACAUUUAUACUACACAUCAGGUGCUUAUGCACAGCAGUUAAUGCGGGAUAAAGCAGCGUAUGCAGAUUGGUAUGAGAGGUUCAUGGCAUUGCAGUCCGUAGCAGCUCAGGGUGCAGCAGCCCAAAGUGCAGCAGCAGCGCAGAGUGCAGGUACUAAUAUGUUCCUAUAAUUGUUGACUAAGCAGCACGCUGAUUGAGUGCUUCUAUUUCGAUUCGACGAGUCAAGUUCCUAGUUGUAACUAUCUUGCCAUGCAUGUCAUUGGUCAACAUCAAAUUCAAAACCAUUCAAAAACAACAAUACCUAUGUUCUUCGCGAUUUCACACACUUUCAAUCUGAAUAUCAAGACAGGCGCAGCAGUAG